AUGGAGAAACACAAUCACACUACAGUGACCAAGGUGACCGAAUUUAUUCUCAUGGGCAUCACCGACAACCCUAGGCUUCAAGUACCACUCUUUGGAAUCUUUUUCUUCAUAUACUUGGUCACAGUGAUGGGAAAUCUGGGCAUAAUUAUCUUGACCUAUUUGGACUCCAAACUAUACACUCCCAUGUACUUUUUUCUCAGACAUUUGUCAAUUACUGGUCUUGGUUAUUCCACUGUCAUUGGUCCUAAAAUGAUGGUAAACUUUGUAGUCCACAAAAACACAAUUUCCUACAAUUGCUGUGCCACCCAGCUAGCAUCUUUUGAGGUUUUCAUCAUCACUGAGCUGUUUGUUCUCUCAGCAAUGGCCUACGAUCGCUAUGUAGCUAUCUGCAAGCCUCUUCUCUACAUGGUGAUCAUGGGAGAGAAAGUGUGCUGGUUGCUAGUACUUACUGCCUAUCUAUACAGCACAUUCGUGUCCCUAUUCCUCACAAUUAAGUUAUUUAAAUCAUCCUUCUGUGGCUCUAACAUUGUCAGCUAUUUUUACUGUGACUCUCUCCCAUUGCUGUCCUUGCUCUGUUCUGACACACAUGAAUUAGAAUUGAUCAUUUUGAUCUUUUCAGGUUGUAAUUUGCUCUCCUCCCUCUUGAUUGUUCUUUUAUCCUACCUGUUAAUUCUCAUGGCCAUCCUUAGAAUGAAUUCAGCUGAGGGGAGGUACAAAGCUUUUUCCACCUGUGGCUCCCAUCUGACAGUGGUGGUUGUAUUCUACGGGACCCUAUUAUUUAUUUACUUGCAGCCUAAGUCCACCCAUGCAUUUGGUAUUGAUAAAAUGGCUUCUGUGUUUUAUACUCUGGUGAUCCCUAUGCUGAAUCCUUUGAUUUAUAGUCUAAGGAACAAAGAAGUAAAAGAUGCCCUAAAGAGAAUGUUUAGUAAACAAUGUAAAAUUCCCACAAUAUUUUAA